AUGGUGGGUGUCCUCCGCCGUGCGAACCGUCUGACAGAACUCGUCUGGAUAAGGAAUGGACCCGGAGCGGCGAUUCUCCCGCAGGAUGUGACACGGAUACACAUGGACUUUGCUCACAAGUUCAACGGGGGCCAUCUGGGGCCGAGGAAAGUCUGGCGCCAGAACCUACCGCGGUUGAAGUACUGGAACCCGACUAUACCCAUGGUUGUCAACCGCUCCCACAACCAGGACGGCCCCGCCACGCUGUCAAUCUACUUCCGUGAACCGGGGGCAACACUCGCCUCGGAUUCCCCGAUGCCCAGCUCGUCGUCCGACGGUUUCUCCAAAGCACCCGCGCCGGCCGCAGGUGAGCGCGUACUCACAAUCGAUAUGAAAGACCGGCGGUCCGAGGCGAUAUUCAAGGAGUUUAUGGAUAAGAGCGGUGCCGUGCCAAUUAAGGUCUCGCCGCAGGAUGAGGCUCUCAUGCGCGAAAUCGAGGACAGGAAGGCGAUAGGUGCCAUCGAUCGGGAGCGGGUCAGGAAGCAGAACGAGGCGGCAAAGAGGGAGAAGCAAAUGAUUGCGCAGGCCCAUUCCGAGGCAGCUGCUAUCAAGGCGGCUCUCUAA